AUGAGAUCAGCAGGGUUUGAAUAUACUGGGAUGGGUGACGUAGCUAAAUGUAAUGCAUGUGGUUUAGAAGUAUCAACGUGGACUAGGGAAAAAGACCCUUUUCAAGUCCAUGCAGAAUGUAAACCAAAUUGCACUUUUGUUGAAUCUGUCCUAGCAAAAACUGCAGCGAAAUUGAAUGAUGCGAAACAUUUAGGUAAGUACCAUGAAUUGAGUGACACUACAGAGAAAUCUGAUGAACAAAUUAUACCGUUCGAAUUGGAAUCACUCAAACAAGCACGUCAACGAACGUUUUCACAUUACCCAUCGAGUGCAAUUUCAUUGAAAGAUCAACUGAUUCGUUCUGGUUUCUUCGGAUGCAAUGUCCAUGACCGUGUCAUAUGUAUUUACUGCAAUUUAAUAUGUCAACAAUGGGAUAAAGAUAUUGAUGAUCCCGCGAAAGUUCAUAGCAGUCUUUCGUCUCAGUGCCCGUAUGUUUUAAAUGUAUUGAACAAAGAGGCAGCAGCGUCAACAUGUAUUCUUAAUGGAACUUUAACGAAUAACGAUGUAGAUAACCAAACUGUAUCGGACACUGUUGGACGACUUUCUUCUGAUCCUGUUGUAUAUACAUCGCCGCGUCAUGCUGAAUAUAUGAGUCUAGUCGAUCGGAAAGCAAGUUUUCAAACAUGGCCUGCAAAAUCAAUGCCAUCUGUUGAAGAUUUAGUCAAAGCUGGUUUUUUCUACACUGGUCAACAAAAUAUAGUGAAAUGCUUUCAUUGUGAUGGUUCACUGGAAAAGUGGGGUGCGAACGACAAUCCAUUGAUUGAGCAUGUCAGACGGUUUCCUUGUUGUUUGUACGCAAAGCAACUAGCUGGAGAUCAACUCUAUAAUCGAAUUCGACAAGCACAAAAUGAUUUGACAGCACAAACACACAUGCAAAUUUCGUCAACGACAGGCAGGACACAAUUGGAAAUACCUAACGAAGCGCUGCUUUCGCGUCUGGUUGCUGCUCGACUUGACCUGCCGAUAACACAGCGAUUAAUCAGCCAGAAUUUCAAAUUGUCCAUCAUUAAACGUUGCUGGGAAGAUCAACUUCGCUUGAAACGCGAUGAUUUUGUUAGCGAUUGUGAUCUAUACAUUGCUUGCCUCGUUCUCCAAAAACAAGUUGAACAUAUUGCUGGUAAUAAAAACAAAGUCGUCAUACCGAGCGUUAAAAUGAAAGAAGACCAAGAAAAGAAACAGCCAGGUGUAUUCAGUGCUGCACAAACAACCCCUUUGAUGUCUAUCCAAUGUCCAUCAAAUAUAAAUAAUUCAUCAAUAAGACAAGGUGCACCACCCAAUCCACCGAACGCAACGAAUUCGCACGAGUUAUCCACGUCCGGAGCCGCUGCCAGUGAAACGGAAAGAGUCGUACUAAACAAUCCAUGUCUUCUGUGCGCAGAAGCGGAGAAGCGUGUAGCAUGUGUCCCUUGUGGGCAUUUGGCAGUGUGUGUUAAUUGUUCUCGAACACUACGUGCAUGUCCAACAUGUCGACGGAGCAUCGAAGCAUUUGUUCGCAUUUAUAUUUGA